UGCUGGUGCCUGGCAACUAAAGCUCCGCCAAGGAAUCCUCAAACUAUUCGCCAACGUCAAUGCUUGGUUCCAACAGGUUAGAAGAGUGAUGACCAUCCUGUUCGUUACUAUGGUUAUUUCAUACUUCAGUUGCAUGAGAGCUGCGCCCAUGAGAGAGAUCCCGGGUGUGCAGGGGGGCCACCGGGCCGAGGGCUACCUGGGGCGCUGCUGCCGCUGCUGCCGCUGCUGCGCUGCCGUCACAUCGGGCAGCCGAGGCCACGGGACUCCACAGAGUGGGGGCGGGCUGCCCUCGCUCACGGACACUUUCGAGCAGGUCAUUGAGGAGUUGCUUGAGGUGGAAGGGGAAGCGACGCAGCAACUGGGGCCCGGGGCCGACCAGGGCCAAGGAGGGGGUGGUCCCAUAGACGCGGCAGACUCGAAGGACGUUGACCUGUAUGCCUCGCGGGUGAUGAUCAGCAACCAAGUGCCUUUGGAGCCGCCGUUACUCUUUCUCUUGGAGGAAUACAAAAACUACCUGGACGCCGCCAACAUGUCGAUGCGUGUGCGGCGGCACUCGGACCCCGCACGGCGGGGGGAGCUCAGCGUUUGUGACAGUAUUAGCCAGUGGGUGACAGCUGUGGACAAAAAGACGGCAAUAGACAUGUCGGGCCAGACGGUCACCGUUCUGGAGAAGGUCCCCGUGACUAAUGGUCAGCUGAAGCAAUACUUUUAUGAGACCAAAUGCAACCCCUUGGGGUACACAAAGGAGGGCUGCCGAGGAAUAGACAAGCGGCACUAUAACUCACAAUGCCGGACAACCCAGUCUUACGUGCGAGCCCUUACCAUGGAUAGCAAAAGGAAGAUCGGCUGGCGGUUUAUACGGAUAGACACUUCGUGUGUAUGCACAUUGACCAUUAAGAGGGGCAGAUAGUGUACACAAUGUAUAGAUUUUAUUGAGAGUUCUAAAAAAAGAGAAAGAAAAGAGAAAAUAUCUAUUUGUAUAUACAUAACAGGGUAAAU